AGUUUGAGUGGAAGAGAGAGAAAGGAAUUGAGAUUUUUGACAAGGCUAUUUUGGGGUUUUUUUGAAAAUUUGUCCUAUUUUAAAAAUUACCUACACUAAGUGUUCUCCAAACCAAUUUUGUAUUAAAAAAUGCAUAAUAAUUCAAAUUUCCCAAUGAGUUUUAUAGGACAAAAAGAACAGAAAGAAGAAAGUGUGAUGUUAGAAGCUGGCGAGAUCCUUUGCCUUUGCCUUUCCUUCCUAUCCCUUUCUUUUCCUCUCAUACAUUGCCUUUAGACAUUCUGAGAGAGAAUGGUAAGUGGUAAGUGGUAACUGGUAACUGGUAAGGUAACCAAAGCUUCAACUCAAAAUAGAGUUCUUUGUUUCAGACCAAAAGAAAGGAAAACAACAAUGUCUACCAGUACUAUUUCUCAUGUUGCUCCUCAAUUUUUCAAGAAACUCAGCAACCCUAAAAAGCUUUUCUUCAAAAAUAAGUUUUAAAUUCCAAGAGAGUUUAUGUUGAAGUUUGGUCCUAAUAUAGACACUUCAACUAAUCCAACAGUGUUCCUAAAAGUUCCAAAUGAUGGUGGAGCAACAUGGAAAUUCAAAUUAACAAAAUCUGAAGAUGGACGUACUUGGUUGAAAAAAGGUUGGGCUGACUUUGCAAUACAUUACAACCUAUUAAAGUCUGAAGAUUGCACAUUGUCUUUCAUUUAUCAUGAAAACCAAUCUACAUUCCUUGUGGGCAUACUUGAUGCAAGUGGAAUUGAGAUAAGCUAUCCAGUUACUAGUAAUAUUGAUCAUCAACAAGAGCUGUCCAAGAGGCCAGAAGAAGAAGAAAAAGAAGGAGCUGAUCAAGAUCAUAACAACCCUUCUUCUUCUACAUCACCACUUCCUUCUCUGAGACCAAGAAGAACUGAACAAGGACAACAACUGAGCAGAAAAGAUUCAACCUUUUUACUUGAGCCUGCCAAGAAAACAGUUAAGUUUGAUUUGUCAAAUAAAGAAUGUUCUAUACAACCAAGGAGAAAAUUUAGAAGAAAAAGGAAAUUGAGGGGAAAAUCAAAGGCUGAAGUUCUCAUGAGAGCUAAAGAUUUUAAAUCUAAAGACCCUUCUUUCAUAGUUCCUCUGCAACCAACCUAUGUUAGAGCUGGGUUUAGUAUGAAUGUUCCAUUUAAGUUUGCAAAAACUUACCUGGGUAAGUCCCAAGAUGUGAUCCUUAAGGUUGAGGACGGGAGGACCUGGCCUGUUAAUUUCUCUUAUAGACAGUACAGAGGUUGUUCGAAAACUGCAUUUGGUUGUGGUUGGAAAGAAUUUGUUCAAGAUAAUGAUUUGAAAGUAGGUGAUGUUUGUGCCUUUGUUUUGAAAAAGAGCAUUGGAAUAAUAUUAUUCGAAGUGGUUAUAUUUGAUGAAAAUGGAAGAGCAAAUUCUCCUGUGUUAUCAUCAGAAGAAGAAGAAGAAGAAUCUGAUCAAGAUGUAGAUGAAGACGAGAACCGCUCUCUACAGAAGCUGAAGAGAAAAAUGACAAAUAAUGGUGAAUACACAACUGAUGAGCCUGCCAAGAAAACAGGAAGGUUUAAACUUUGUGCUAAAAGGAGUGAUGGUAUAGUUGGAGAAUCUGUUAAUCGAAAGAAGAAGCAGAUUUCAACUUUGUCCUCCACUCAAAACUUCAAAUCCAGAAAACCAUAUUUAAAAGUUGCAUUACAAGAGACACAUCUGCAACUUUAUCACAUGGUGUUAGAAGAAGAAUUUUGGAGACAAAAUAUCGGUGAUGGAAAAUGUGAACAUGAUGUUACUCUAUGUGUUCUUCCAGAGAAAACGAAAUGGCAUUUAAAACUCCACAUUAGUAGCCAAGCUACACCACCAAGAGCUUGGUUUGACAAAAGAGAGUGGCAGGAAUUCAUUGAGAACAAUGAUUUGAAAAUUGAGGAUGUCUUAAUAUUCGAAUUGAUCGAAAAAACUGAAGAAAUCAUUGUGUUCAACAUUAUCAUACACCGAGUCACCCAACAAAGCCAACAAUUACAAUCUCAUCAAGAAGUUGAAGGCAACAAUAUGAUAUCUGAAACCAACUCCAAAGAUGACACCAGCUGCCAUGCUAGUAAAGACAAGCCUUCAUCUUCAAAGGAUGGCCAAUUUUUCGGAGAAGGAACGGAACAAUGCUGUUAUCCUAGUUUCGAAGUGAAAUUGGGAGAAUCUAUUGAUGAAGUACAGAUUCCGAAUGAUUUUGUAAGGAAACAUUUUGAAGAAAAGCCAGAAGCUGUGAAAAUCCAGGACAAGGAGAAGAAAUUUUGGGAGGCUGAUUUGAGAUGGAGUUCAGAUCAAGUGAUUUUAUGUGAUGGAUGGUCUAAAUUUGCAAGGCAAAAUGGGCUACGUCCUGGAGAUCCUUGUCUAUUUCAGAUGGUUAGCAACGAAAUGGAUCGUAUUGUGCUCAAAGUUACCGUUAUCUUUUAUGUUUGAUUACAUCACAAGUAAUCAUCUUGUAUAUCCUAGCUAGUACAAAGACAAAGCUUGUGAAGUGUGUUAAUGGUGAGAGACAACUCUCUUCACCUAGGUGAUGCGUAUGCAUCUUUGAGCUAAUCAAGAGAUAUCAAGUUCACAUAUUUAAACAAAUAGUUUGAUUCAACAGUAGUAUAAAUGUAGUAAUUAUGCAAAAUCA